AUGUCCUACCUCGAUUCUCCACCAGCGUCUCCGCUCAAUGAAUCUACAGAAGCUCCAUCGGCAACGCUAGAAGAGUCCCUGACCUGUCGGAUCAUCCAAAAACGCUCGAGAAAACGAGUACUUGAAGAUGACUCGCCGCCGACUCCUCCUAGCCCGUCAAAAACUCCUCCUCCCUCUUCCGAUCCUCGUCCGGUCAUCGUCUCUGCCAAGCGAAGGCGAAUUCACGAAGAGCCAAAGGAGAAAUCCCGCGAAGUGCUGAACUUUGAGAAAUGCAUCGCAGUCGGCCACUGGAGCUCCGUCUUUGCUCGUUUCUCUAGCCAGCUGAGCACGAAUACAUCUUUGCUAGAAGGCGUCGAUGUCAACCUCUACGACAAGUCUGGCCACACCGCUCUUCUGGCCGCAUGUGCUCUUGGAGAUGCCAAACUCGCCAAGACCUUGGUCAAAUUGGGCGCGCGGCUGGACCUGACAAGCCUCCAAGGAUGGUCGGUUUGGCACUACGCCGUCCGAAAGCCGCUCGUUAUGGUGACACUGCUGGACUUUGUCUACCCCCGAAUGAGCUGA